UUAUACAAUCAUACUCAACUUUAUACAAUCAUACUAUACUUUAUAAAUCAUACUCAACUUUAUACAAUCAUACUCAACUUUAUACAAUUAUACUCAACUUUAUACAAUCAUACUCAACUUUAUACAAUCAUACUAUACUUUAUAAAUCAUACUCAACUUUAUACAAUCAUACUCAACUUUAUACAAUCAUACUCAACUUUAUACAAUCAUACUCAACUUUAUACAAUCAUACUCAACUUUAUACAAUCAUACUAUACUUUAUAA